AAAAAACACUUUCAUUUUGGAAUCCCGCCAAGAAUCAUUAUCUCUCCCCUCGCUAGUUUGAAAAUUUGGCUCCAUUUCUCAUGUUGACAAACACUGUCAAAACAUCGCAGAACUAGACGGACAAAAUCAAACAACAGAGAUGGUCAAUGGCAACAACGCCUUUGGGAAAACCAUUUGCUCAAUCUGCUACGAAGAUCUGAAGCCCAUUGUUGAAGAUCUUCAAGCUAUAUCCAUUUGCGGCCAUGUCUUCCACGAGCUAUGUCUACAGCAGUGGUUCGAGUACUGUUCGAGCACGAAAAAGUGCACUUGCCCUGUGUGCAAGCAGAGCUGCAAGGGCAAGGAUGCAGCUCGGCUUUACUUUCAAUCGAUUGGGGAUUCUGUAGUCACCCAGAGUCAGAGACCGAUCCUCGAUUGUGGGGAAGAUCCCGAGGCACUUCGCAGAGAGGUGCGAAGAUUGGAAGCUAAGGUUCUAGGGCUUGAUUCGGUCUUGGAACGACUGGGAAAGGACAACAAAGAGCUCAAUCAAGAGCUUUGUAUUUGUAAGGAACAAGAAAAAAAGGAAACAACAUUGAAGAAUGAGGCCUUGAAACAAAAGGCAUUACUGCAGCAACUGCUAAAUAUGAAAACUGAGGAGCUUGGUAGAUCGACUUCGGAGUGCUCAAGGUUGCAAGAAAGGAAUAUGGCUUUGGCCAAAGAACUAGCAGCAUUAAAAUUAAUUUCUGAUCUGGAGCUAGAUGAAGCGGAGGUUCUAAAACUUGCCUCCUUUGGUAAUGGUGGUAAUAAUCAAGAUACGAUAGACAUCCUUCGAAGAUCGUUGGUGAUGCGUAACAAGACUUACAAAGAAUUGAUGGCCAAGUGCAAUGUUCUUGGACGGGGAGAGUCACGAUCUAUUAAAAAAUUAGAGAAGGCUAAAGGAAAGAUAGAUAAACUGAAAGCAAGGAUAAAGGAAAUGGAGAUAGCUAUUGAAAUAAAAGAUAACCAAGUUCUGAGGGGGUUGAAAGCUUCAAAGAAAACUCAUUAUGAAGAGGUAUGUAAGAAUGGUGCCAACAGUAAAUCUAGCUCCUUAGCCAAUCUUGAUGUAUUAGAAGACCAAAGUAAACAAACUUCGGCAAACACACUUAAUUUGGACAAGUUGGGAAGAUUGCAAGAUGAUUUAUUGUAUCCUAGAAAAGUACACAACUGUGAUUCAACUAAUGAUAUUGAUGUACAUUGUUCUCAAGCUGGUCCUAGUACCAUGGCUUGUGAUAAAGACGAAGAUGAUUGCUCAGUAAUAGGUGUCAAUUUUUCAAAAUUCCUUACGCCCAUACAUGGACGUCCAAAUCCUGAUUCAAAAGGUACUAUGUUACCAACAACUAGUGUAGAGAAUACCACCAAGACCUUUGCUGCUGACAUUGAUGAGGACGUGACAGUUCUUUUUGACGAUGUUCCACAAGUUAAGCCCAUGCUUAACAUUAGAAAAGAAUCUUCAACCCCAAUAUCACACUCAAACCCAGGAGAAGUAUGUUUCUCUGGAGGAUUGCUUGGUCCUGAUGGAACAAACAGGUACUUGGGUAAGUGGUGCAAGCGGGGCCAAAAUAAUGAAACAAGACAAGGUCCAAGCACUAGCAAUGGUGAUUUGAUUGCUGUUGGAGCUGAUGGAAGAGGUGGUAGAAUCAAAGUUCUAAGAUCUUUGAACCAAUCAUCAGUGGAUUGCAAGGAGAAUUCAGUUGGGACAAAGAGGUUCAAGUUAGGAGCCAAGACAAAUAGUCAACAGUCCCGUGGAUGCUUGCAAAUUGAACAUUUCUUCAAUAGAGUGAGUAAUUAAUUGCUUUUGAUUUGUGCAAAAUAGGUUAGGAUUAGGAAUUCCUGGGUGUGAUUUUUUUAUGGUCAGCAAGGAAGAACAAAGAUUCUUUUGUUAAUAGUAGUCUGGUCAUAGUUUUGAAAGAGGAACACGUGAAAGGAAAGAAAAAAAAAGAAGAAAAGAAACUGGAGGUGAUGAUCGUCCAUUGAUAAUGUUAUUUAACAGCUUGGUACGACUGUUUCAUCAUUUGAUCACGAUCAAGCUGGUUCAAAACAAAUAAGGUUUCUUCUAAUACAAGUUGUUUUUUUUU